UACCGAGGCCGACACCUAAAGUGCGCGCCAAUCGCCAACUUCGCCGUCAGAGACAGUAGUCAAGCCGAAGAGAGUGCCGGAAAGAUGAGCUAUUCGAGGAGCGUGACCCUGCUGCUGCUCCUGCCAGUCCUGGCACGUGCCCCCACAGUGCCAAUCCAAAGUUCCACCCUACUCGAUGCCCCGCCGUGCCCCGAUCCCUACGGGAUUCACGCUUACGCUCACCCUGACGACUGCGGGGCCUUCUUCUUAUGCACGAACGGCACGCUGACCUUCGAAUACUGCGAGAACGGACUUCUGUUUGACGGACACGGUGCCGUCCAUAAUCAUUGCAAUUAUAAUUGGGCCGUCGAUUGCGGUAAUCGCAAGGCCGACUACACUCCGAUCAGCAGCCCGGGCUGCGAGUACCAGUUCGGUAUGUACCCGGAAAGCGACAGUUGCAGCACCAGUUACAUCAAGUGUAUCCACGGAGACCCGCAUCAGGCUCACUGCGACCCUGGCCUGGUCUACAACGCCAAGACCCACACGUGCGUCUGGCCGGACGAGCUCAUCCCCUUCUGCAACCCCGAGGCUAUAGUGGGAUUCAAGUGCCCGCACAAGCUGCCCCCCCACAGUGCCGCCGCCAAGUUCUGGCCCUACCCGAGAUUCCCCGUGCCGAGUGAUUGCGGUAGACUGAUCACCUGCGUGGACGGACAUCCGCGACUUCUCACCUGCGGAGAAGGAAAACUAUUCGACUCGGUGAGCCUGACCUGUCUGGAUCCGGAGGAGGUUCCUCACUGCUCAAAUGGUGUUUAAAUGUGGCGACGUAUCUCUGAUAAUUACCCGGCCUUUAAAUCAACGAUUUUGUCAAAGAGAUAUAACAAUAUUAGCUGGAGAUAAAGAAAAAUUUGUAUAAUUGUAAAAAAUUAAAUUUAUCACAGGACAAGGUUGAUUCUAGAAAUUGUUUAAAGAAAAACUGAGGAAAAGAUCAAUUUUUAAAUUCAAGAAAAUGACAAACAUAAAUUACAAAAUAUUAUUAAUAAUACAAACAUCUUAUGCAAAGAAAAUAGAGGAAAAUAAUUAAUGAUGACGGAAUAGAAGAUGUAUUAUAUUCCUAUUAGAUUCCUUUUCGGUUCGGCGUUGCCAGUAGACGAAGAUGUAUCAAACGUAAAUUAUUAUUAAUAAUAGACGUUUAAAGGGGACCAACUGCAUGUACAGAGUGCGUGGAGAGCGAGUACGAUAUGUAGUACAUACAAUGUAUUUAUAUAAUACAAUAUGUAAUACAUAUUCUGUAUUUAUGAUAAAUAUAGUGACAAUGUACAGCCAAGCAACAAUUGAAUAAAAUCUGGACAUGUGUAUAAAAAA